UUAUCAUCAACAAACAUUUAUUAACAGGUGUGUCAAUAAAAUAAAAGAAUUUAAAAGGGUCUCAUCAAAUGGUCUUAUUAAAAAAAAGUAGUUAACUUGAAUUUUUGCAGUUUACUUUAAUGAAAUAUAACGAUAACUUAAAAAACUCAAAAAAUCCUGCACGCAAUGAGUUGGAUUGUUUUGCUUCUCACAUCAAUAAUAUCAACAUUAGCGAGAGGAGAUGCAACUAAACCAUUAUCAAACGUUCUAUUAAAAACAAACAACGCCUUAUCAUUCUUAAGAAACAAACGAGAAAGUCCCGAAAGUCAAAUAAGAAGUGAAUGCUGCGGUAAUACACAAUGUUCAUUUGAAGAGAGAGCUGAAAUUUCUGAGGUUGUUGGUUGGGAUAGAGUUAAUAUUGCAAUGUGUGAAGUUUCAAUAAGGGAGAAUCAAGUAUGUACAUGCAAACCUAGAAGUGGAAGUUAUACUUAUGAAUGUGGUAAUGAUUUAAGUAAUUGUCCUGACCCAUGUAAAGAAUUUCAUUGCAAAAACGGAAGAGCAUGUGCAUAUCAUUCCCAAAGAUGUGACUCAGAUAAUAAUUGCGGAAAUUGGCAAGAUGAAAUUGGUUGUAUUACAAAAUAUACAGAGGAUCAAAUCAGAAGCAGCACAAGGCUAAAAUAUGCUAACCAAUAUACUAGUUAUUAUGGAACUGUGGAAAUAUUUGGUCGGCCAAUAUGUGAUGAUAACUGGACAAACCAAAACGCACAAGUUGUCUGCAGAAGCUUGAACUUUCCUUCUGGUACACUUGCAAUAGGAUGGGGAAAUGAACAAGUUUCAAUAAAUUUUUUUAUGGAUGACGUUAAUUGUGGAGGUGGAGAGUCCAGUCUUAGACACUGCAAACAUUUAACAAAUCAUAAUUGUGGCCCAACUGAAGGGGCAGCCGUUGUAUGCUUGGCACCAAAUUCGUUGAAAUUAGCACCAUUUAAUUCUGGAAGUAGUAAAAAUGAAGGUACUGUACUUUUUGGAGAUAUUCCGAUAUGCUCCGAUGGAUGGAAUGUUAAGGCAGCUCAAGUAGUUUGUAACCACUUAUACGGGGCAGAAUUCAAGAUUCCUGUUCCUGUUUACGAACACCAAAUAAAUGUUGGGCAAAAAUCAGCUCACCUUUUUUUGACAUCAAUUGAAUGUAACGGACAAGAGAGUUCGUUGACAAAUUGUCAGGUAAAAGUUGCAAAAUCAUGUUCAACAAACGUUGCAAGUGUUCAGUGCGCUCGUUGUUCACCGUUGAAAUUAAUGGCUAUUGUUAAAAAAAUAAAAGUUGACGGCUCAGUUGUUGACGUUUACCAAUCAGUGGAAGCAGCAAUUAGUGAAUUAACUGCAGAGUGCCGAAGUUGGAAUUGCAGCACUCCGAACCCAGUUUAUCCAGAGUUUUGUAAAGUUCGAGCAUUUUUGAACGAUAUUAAACAUUUUACCAAACUGGGAAUGCAAAACAAUAUUAUCUUGUAUAGUGAUAUUAACCACUUAGGCCUUCUUAAUUAUAACUUUCUCAAAGGAAACUUUGAAAAAAUUAAAAAUGAAAUUGACUCUGUCAGUCAAACUAUCACAACUGAAUUAGGUGAUUACUUCAGUAGACUCGCUCAAUUUGACGAGCAGACAGCAAAGUCAGAUAAAGAAAGCGCAAUGAAAACUUGGUUUGAAUUAAAAUCUCGAUGUGAAGAUACGUCGUUAAAACUUUCAGAUCAAUUAAGUUCCAUAAUAAAAUUUGCAUUAGGUGUUACAGCAAGUGAUAUGGUAUCUAAAGUUGCCGUUCUUGCUCUACGUGUUGUGGGAGCCAUUAAUCCUAUAAAAUGGUUAACUGGAGGUGAAGCAUCAGCAGUUGACAUAAAAGAGGCUUUGAGUGAGGUGGCAAAACAAGCAGUACUUAUUAAACAAGUAGACUACCUCAAGUCAAACUUUAUUCCAAAGUUGGAAAAUCUUGUAAAACAAAUUUCUAUCAAAGUAAAUAAAAAUAAGGAAACAUUUGAAACAAUUCGACAGUUUGUUGAAACUAUUGAGAAAAAUAUAGACUUUACAAAUGAGCAGCUCCAUAAAUUUUAUGAACACGCAGAUAAAUAUUCACCAGCAAUUACUCAAAGUGAUAUUAGUGAAUUUGACGCUAUUUUAAGUCAAAUGAUUGAGAAAUUUUGUGAAGUAAUUGAAAAUCCUGAUACUGAAUCUGGAACAGUUGCAGCUGGUAUUGCGGGAAAUAAAGGAAUAUGUCCCAACACUAAGGUGACUGCUCCAGUAUUGAUAUCUUUGUAUCAGGAAGUAGCAACUCAAGAGGAGACAAUAAUGGAGAGUUUUUCUAAAUUUGUGAGAGCUACGAUUGCUAAAGAUGCAUCAAACAAGCUUUCCACUUCGAUAAAAGGUUCGUCUAGUAAUCAGCUUUAUAAACUUCUUACCAAAUAUGAAGCUCUUCAUCUUAUUAGGUAUCAUAAAAUUAUAAUUAUUAAAAAUGCAUGUAACUACUUGACAUACAUGAAUCAUGGCGUCGAAAAGCCAGUGUGCACAGAUUUACUUGAAAAUCCGAGUGGUGAUCCAGGACUUUUGAUCAAUACAGUUCCAACUGCAAUGUGUCAAUGUCGGAACUGUUUUACCAAAAACGGCGAAUUUCUGAUUCCAGCAACUAUGACUGGUGAAAAUAAUACUAUUGAUCUUUCAACUUUAUACGAUGCAGAUGCUGAGUUUACAAAAGGGUAUGCAUAUUUAAAUAUCCCAAAUAAAGAUUGGCUUGUGGAAAACAAAUGGAUUUCUGAACACGAGCAAGGUCCAUUUUUUUUAAAGAAACUAAAUAUACAUCUUCCUCCAGCUCUCAAUUUUUCUCACGAAGUUAAUAUAAAACUAACUUUAUUGGAUAAUCAAUUGCAAGAAAAAACAUACAUGUUUGAAGGUGGUCUCAUAGUAAAAAACCAGUACACAGAAAAUCAGCCAAAAUGUUCCCUAUACAAUCCAUACACAAUUGAAUUUUGUAAUAAAAAAGCUGGGACUUUUUGUUUAGAUGUAGAUGGUGUAAUAAACGGCGAAUUACUUCCUCGAUUAGAUGGUUCAAAAUGGCGCGUAGAACUACGCUCAAAUCAAAUUUUACCUAAAAUUCAUUCUGAAACUAAAUUGUUUCUUCGAGCAUCAGCAGAAUUUUGCUUUCAAACUAAAUUGCAGAGCAAACCAAAGUAUAGUCUUGGCAAAAGUGUUGACCAAUCAAGCGUUGAAGAGUGUUGCAGUGAUAAUGGAAUGUUUGUAGAUCAAAUAUUAUUAAAAAAGUCUCCGCUUUUAAGUCCUUGCCAAGUUUGUCCUCAAGGAUCUUCACCACGACUUAGUGGUUAUUUUUGUGAAAAAUGUCCAGCUGGAUAUGAACCUAAUAAUUCGAAUAAAUUUGGUUGUACUCCAUGUCCUAAGAACAAAUUUAAACCUCUUGCUGGUCAAGACGCUUGUGAUAAUUGUUUAGAUGGCAAAACAUCAUCAGAGGGUGCAUUGUACUGCCAUGUUCUUUUGUUGGAAAAAGAUGUUCCUGGAAAAUUUUCAGAAAAAGAUGUUUCUCAAUGUAAUGUUGAUGAAUUAAAGCGAUGGCUUGAGUGUCAUGGACAAAAAAAAGGAGGAAAAAGGUCUGAAUUAAUAGAAAGGGAUAUUUAUUGUUUACGUGCACAUGUUCAACAUUUUAUGAAAAAUAAUGUACCAAUGGAUGGUACAUCAUUUUUUGUAAAAAUGAUGUACUAUUCCUAUUGGUACAUCAUUUUUACAUCAUUUUUAACUGUCACUAUCAGCAUUAUCAGUGGUCAUGUAAAAACAACAACAUGCAACUGCAUAGCAAAUAGUCUUGGAGCUGAUUUUAGUCAUUUAGUUUUGAAUGAUGGUAUUGGUAAUCCUCAUAUAGAAAGAAUUAAUAAAAAUGAUGAUAUUCAAACAGAAAUUUAUCUUAUACCUACAAAUUAUGUCAAUAGACAUACAUUUGAAAUUAGGCACACAAUGAGUUGGCAGCUUUUGCUUCUCACGUCAGUAAUAUCCGUAUUAGCUUGGGAGGAUGCAACUAAGUCUUUAUCAAACGUACUAUUGAAACCACAUAACGCUUUAUCCUUCUUAAAAAACAAACGAGCGAGUCCGUCAGAUCAAAUAAGAAGUGAGUGCUGUGGUAAAACAAAAUGUAGUUAUGAAGAGAGGUUGGAAAUUGCUCACGAUGUUGGUUGGAGUGGAGUGGAUGCUGCAAUAUGCGAAGUUUCAAUUAGAGAAUAUCAAGUGUGUACAUGCAUUCCUAGAAGCGGAAGUUAUACUUAUGAGUGUGGCGGUGAUUUAAGCAAUUGUCCGAACCCAUGUAAAGAAUUUCAAUGCAAUAACGGAAGAACAUGUGCAAAACAUUCCUAUACAUGUGACUCUGAUAAUGAUUGUGGAAAUUGGCGAGAUGAAAUUGGAUGUAAUACAAAGUACUCAGAGGAUCAAAUCAAAAACAACACAAGACUAAAAUAUGCAAACCAAUAUAACAAAUACUACGGAACUGUGGAAAUAUUUGGAAGGCCAAUAUGUGAUGAUUUCUGGACAAACCAAAACGCUCAAGUUGUCUGCAGAACGCUAAACUUUUCUUCAGGUACACUUGCAAUAGGAUGGAAAAAUGAAUUAGUUUCAACAGAUUUUUUUAUGGAUGACGUUAAUUGUACGGGUGGAGAAUCCAGUCUUAAAUAUUGCAGCCAUAAAACAUACCACAAUUGUGGCCCAACAAAUGGGGCAGCCGUAAUUUGCUUAGCACCAAAGUUACUAAAGUUAACACCGUUUGACUUAGAAAAUAGUAAAAAUGAGGGGAUUGUAUUUUUUGAUCACAUUCCAAUAUGCGCCGAUGGAUGGAACUUUCAAGCAGCUCAAGUAGUUUGUAACCAUCUAUACGGGGGAGAAUUUAAAAUUCCUGUCCCUGUUUAUAAUUACAAAAUAAAUGUUGGGCAGAAAUCUUCUAUUUUUUAUUUGACUUCAAUUGUUUGUAACGGAACAGAAAAUUUAUUAGCACAGUGUCAAACAAAAAUUUCAAAAAAAUGCUCAACACACGUUGCUAGUAUUCAGUGUGCUCAGUGUUCACCGGUUAAAUUAAUGGAUAUUGUAAAAAAAAUAAAAGUUGACGGCUCUACUAUUGAAAUCAAUCGAUCAGUGGAAGCAGCGAUCGGUGAACUCACUGCGGAGUGCAGAAAUUGGAAUUGCAGUACUCCAAAUCCAGUUUAUUCAGAGUUUUGUAAAGUUCAAGAAGUUUUGAACAAAAUUAAACAUUUUGCUAAAUCGGAAAUGAAAAACAAUGUUAUCUUGUAUACUGACAUUAACCACUUAGGACUUCUUAAUUAUAACUUCCUUAAAGGAAGCUUUGAAAAUAUAAAAAAUGAUAUUAAUAACUUAGGUCAAAUAUUUUCGACUCAGUUAGGAGAAUAUUUCAGCAAACUUGCUCAAUUUGAUGAGCAGACUGCAAAUACAGAUAUAGAAAGCGCACUGAAAAUUUGGUCUGAACUAAAAUCUCGAUGCGAAUAUGUGUCCUUAAAAUUUUCAGAUCAAUUUAGUUCUAUAAUGACUCUUGCAUUAGGUGUUUCAGCAAGUGAUAUGAUUUCUAAAACUGCAGUUCUUGCUCUACGUAUUGUAGGAGCCUUUAAUCCAAAUAAAUGGUUAACUGGAAGUGAAACAUCAGCAGUUGACAUAAAAGAGGCUCUGAGUGAGGUGGCAAAACAAGCUGUGCUUACUAAACAAGUAAAUUACCUUAAAGCAAAUUUUAUUCCAAAAAUAGAUAAUCUUGUAAAACAAAUCUCUGUCAAAAUAAAUAAUAAUAAAGAGACAUUUAAAACUAUUACGCAAUUUAUCGAAACAAUUGAAAAAAGCAUAGAAUUUACAAAUGAGCAGCUCCUUAAGUUUUCUGAACACGUUGAUAAUUAUUCACCAGCAGUAACUCCAAGUCAAAUUAGUGAAUUUGGUGCUGUUUUAAAUCAAAUGAUUGAAAAGUUUUGUGAAGUAAUUGAAAAUCCCGAUACUGAGUCUGGAACAGUUGCAGCUGGUAUUGCCGCAAAACAAGGAAUAUGUCCUAACGCUAAGGUGACUGCUUCAAUAUUGAUAUCUUUGUUUGAAGAAGUAGCAACUCAAGAAGUAACAAUUAUAGAAAGCUUUUUAAAAUUUGUAAGAGCGAAGAUUGCUAAAGAUGCAGCAAACAAACUUUCAACUUCGUUGAAAGGUUCGUCUAGUAAUCAGCUUUAUAAACUCCUUACCGAAUAUGAAGCUCUUUAUCUUAUUAGGUAUCAUAAAAUUAUAAUUAUUAAAAAUGCAUGUAACUACUUGACAUACAUGAAUCAUGGGGUCGAAAAGCCAGUCUGCACAGAUUUACUUGAAAAUCCGAGUGGUGAUCCAGGAGUUUUGAUCAAUACAGUUCCAACUGCAAUGUGUCAAUGUCGGAACUGUUUUACCAAAAAAGGUGAUUUUUUAAUCCCAGCUACUAUGACUGGUAAAAACAAUACCAUUGAUCUUUCAACUUUGUACGAUGCAGAUGUAAAGUUUACAAAAGGGUAUGCAUAUUUAAAUAUUCCAAAUAAAGAUUGGCUUGUGGAAAACAAAUGGAUUUCUGAACAUGAGCAAGGUCCAUUCUUUUUAAAAAAGCUAAAUAUACAUCUUCCUCCUGCUCUCAAUUUUUCUCACGAAAUUAUUAUAAAACUAACUUUAUUGGAUAAUCAAUUGCAAGGAAAAUCAUACAUGUUUGAAGGUGGUCUCAUAGUACAAAACCAGUACACAGAAAACCAGUCAAAAUGUUUACAAUAUAAUCCAUAUACUAUUAAAUCUUGUGAUAAAAAAGCAACAACUUUUUGUAUAAAAGUAGACGGUGUAAUAAAUGGUGAACUACUUCCACGAUUAGAUGGUUCAAAAUGGCGGGUAGAACUUCUUUCAAAUCAAAUUUUACCAAAAAUUUAUUCCGAAUCGAAGUUAUUUUUUCAAGCAACAGCAGAGUUUUGUUUUCAAACUAAAUUGCUAAGCAAACCAAAGUUUACUCUUCGUAAAAAUGUUAACCGACCAUACAAUGGAGAUUGUUGCAGUGAUAAUGGAAUGUUUCUAGAUCAAAUACUACUAAAUGAAUUUCCGCUUUCAAGUCCUUGCCAAGCUUGUCCUCAAGGAUCUACACCACGACUUAGUGGUUAUUUUUGUGAAAAAUGUCCAGCUGGAUAUGAACCAAAUAGUUUGGAUCAUUUUGGUUGUGCUCCAUGUCCUAAUAACAAAUUCAAAACUCUCUCUGGUCAGCACGCUUGUGAGAGUUGUUUAGAUGGAAAAAUAUCUCGAGAAGGUGCUCUUUACUGCUAUUGAAAGAUUUACAAAGAGAAGCCUAAAGUGUAUUUUAAAUUAAAUUUUAAACUACUUUAACAUUUAGUUGUUGAAUAUGAUUGUGUAAAUGUUUGAAAAAAAAAAAGAUAAACAAUUAAA